AUUCAUAUUCGUUCAUUUCACUACUAACAACAACAAUAAAAACAGAACUGUAUUAAAAAGCUAGGGUUCCUCUCUCUCUCAGCGAUCAACGAAAGAAUCUCAAAUCGAUGGCGAUGGCUGCUGCACUCCGACGCGAAGGGAAGCGUUUGGCUCCUCUCAUGUCUUCCCAACCACCAAUCAACACCACUCUCCGAUCUUCUCUCAUCUCUCCCUUAGAUCAAUCUUCUAUUGGAGGAGCGCGUUCUAUUUCAACUCAAAUUGUGAGAAAUCGGAUGAAGAGUGUGAAGAAUAUUCAGAAAAUUACUAAGGCUAUGAAGAUGGUUGCUGCGUCUAAGCUACGUGCUGUUCAAACUAGGGCUGAAAAUUCACGUGGUUUGUGGCAGCCAUUUACGGCCCUUCUCGGCGAUGCUACAAGCGUUGAUGUCAAGAAGAAUGUUGUAAUUACCGUUUCUUCAGACAAAGGUCUUUGUGGUGGAAUCAACUCAACGUCUGUCAAGAUAAGCAGGGCCUUGAGCAAGUUGAAUUCUGGACCUGAUAAAGAGACAAAGUAUGUCAUAUUGGGAGAGAAGGCUAAGGCUCAGUUGAUUCGUGACUCAAAGAAAGACAUUGCACUCAGCUUAACUGAGAUACAAAAGAAUCCUCUGAAUUAUACUCAGGUUUCUGUCUUGGCUGAUGACAUUCUAAAAAACGUGGAGUAUGAUGCACUGAGGAUUGUUUUCAACAGAUUUCAAUCCGUUGUACAAUUUCUACCAACGGUGUCAACUAUACUAUCCCCUGAGAUUGUUGAAAGAGAGGCUGAAGCUGGAGGAAGUCUCGGUGAACUGGAUUCGUAUGAGAUUGAAGGGGGUGACACAAAAUCAGAAAUUCUUCAGAAUCUGACCGAGUUCCAGUUCUCUUGUGUCAUGUUCAAUGCGGUGUUGGAGAAUGCCUGCAGUGAGCAAGGAGCAAGGAUGUCUGCCAUGGACAGCUCUAGCAGGAAUGCUGGGGAUAUGCUUGAUCGUCUGACCCUCACUUAUAAUAGAACUCGUCAAGCAUCAAUUACCACUGAAUUGAUUGAGAUUAUCUCUGGAGCAUCAGCGCUGACGGGUUAAUUGCAAGAUAGCGCGAUCUGUAUUAUAUUUGACAAUGACGAUAUUCAGAUAUAUCGGUUGGUUUCUUUUGAAAUUGUUGGUUCAACAUUUUUUUUGUAUUCGCCUUUUUAUAAUAAUAACCCUUUCAAGGCGAAACCAGCCUUGGGGAUUUCAUGGUUGACCAGAUAUUUCUGGAAUUGUUUUUUGAUGUUGAGGUGGUGCGUGUCUUUCUAACUCAAAUGACUUGUCAUGAUAUUUUUAUUUCCAAUAAAUAUUGGCCUUUGUUUCUCGAA